AAUGGGGGAAAAGAUAAUGCAUAACGAUGUAGGAAAUGAUAAUGAUGGUUUCCUGCUCUGGCCACUGAGAGAGCAGAGACUACAGAGCAAGUGAGGAUUGCGAGGUGGGGACUGAGAGGGACAGGAAGUGAAAAUCAUGCUAUAGGUAUCUUGAGGUUCUAACAGACACGCAUACAUAUGCACACACACACACACACACACACACGCGCGCACACCGACACCCAUCAAGCACACAUGGCUCCCUCUCUGCUACUCUUCCUCUCCAUCAUCUUCCUCACACUUCCCGCUGUAUUACCAGGUGCUGACGCUGUGUCCACAGUGAGCAACGUAGCUGUGCAGAGAGGAAGAUCUGUCACCAUCCCAUGUCACUAUGAUAGGAAAUAUGAAAGUAAUGAGAAGUAUUGGUGCCAGGGGUCAUUGUGGAGUGGGUGUUAUAUUGUGGUGCGCACCAAGUUUCGAAAAGUCAGAGGUGAAACGUCGAUCACCGAUGACCCCACCCAUCAUGUCUUCACUGUUACCAUGGCGAAGCUGAAGACAGAGAACUCUGGAUAUUACUGGUGUGCUGUAAAGAUCGGGGGUCAUUUGACUGUAGAUGAAGGCAAAUAUCUGUACCUGUCUGUCACUGCAGGCACUCCUGGACUCUGGGUUGACCAGCAGGAGGUGACCGGUGUGGAAGGGGGCCGUGUCAGUGUACAGUGUCACUAUAAUGAUCCGAGCAGCACGAAGAAGUGGUGCAGGGCUGAGGGCUCCUGUGUGGAAGUGAAUUCUGCUAAAUCUGGAAGAUCAGAGAUCAAAGACGACCGCUCUGAAAAUGUCUUCAUUGUGACUAUGAGGGAGCUGAACAGGGAGGACACAGGCUGGUAUUGGUGUGCUGCUGGAGAACUACAGAUCCCUGUUCACAUCACUGUCACUCAGAAACCUACAACUACCACAGUCACCACAUUCUGGACUUCGAGCUUGCUGACAGAUGCCAUUACAUCUCCCUCUAAAGCCCACAAGAAAUACACACUGAUCAUCACAACAGAAGCACCUUCUACUGUCCAGAAGACCAGUUGUCCGGAACAUGGAAGCCAGCAGCGUUCCGGUGCACCGACGAGCUUGGAACGGACUCUGGGGCCGCUACGCCACACCGGGGUUGCCUUGAUGUUCCUCAUAUGCUCCGCCGUCGCCUUUUGGAAGAUUUGGCGAUACCGCAGGGCACAGCACUCGAGAGAGAACAGAGAAGACGUGGGACGUUACUCCAUAAAAAUAACACCGAUGUAGAGUCGCUCUGAUGUCAUCA